UUAACAGUUUGUGAUUUUCUCUCUGCAGCAGUGAUGGCAGCUCCCGUCAACGUCCAGACUCCCAGUAAAACCUGGGAGCUGAGCCUGUACGAGCUGCACAGGAGCCCGCAGGAGGCGAUCAUGGACGGGACAGAGGUGGCGGUGUCUCCUCGCUCUCUGCACAGCGAGCUGAUGUGUCCCAUCUGUCUGGACAUGCUGAAGAACACCAUGACCACCAAAGAGUGUCUGCAUCGCUUCUGCUCCGACUGCAUCGUGACGGCACUGCGAUCAGGGAACAAAGAGUGUCCGACCUGCAGGAAGAAGCUGGUUUCCAGACGUUCGCUGCGUCGAGACUCAAAUUUCGAUGCACUGAUCUCGAAGAUCUACCCGAGCCGUGAAGAGUACGAGGCCCACCAGCGACGAGUCCUGGACCGACUCAACCGUCUGCACAACAAGGAGGCGCUGAGCUCCAGCAUCGAGGAGGGGCUCCGCCAGCAGGCCCGCUACAGGUCCGAGAGGAACCACCGGGUGAAGAAGCCGACUCAGGAAAGUGACAACACCACUUUCAGCGGGGGGGAGGAUAAUGGUGAUGCCCGCUCUCACCUUUCCCACGACUCCGCCCCCUCACACACACCUCACCCCUGCGGUCAGACACCCUCAGAGGCGGGGCCGAGCCGCAAGAGGCCGCGGGCGUCGGACGAUGGCUCGGGCCCCGAGGCCGACAGUGGGAGCCCAACGCCUCCUCUGAGACGCCACAAAGAGGGGGUGGCCUCAGAGAUCGAGCUGGUAUUCAGACCCCACCCACAGCUGGUCCACGCCCACGACUAUAACCAGACCAGAUUUGUGAAGACGACAGCGAACGCCACGGUGGACCACCUGUCCAAGUACCUGGCUCUGCGCAUCGCUCUGGAGGACAGACGGACCAACAGGGAGGUGGAGGAUGGAGGGAGGGAGGAGGGUGGAGGGGUAGAGGAGAGAGAAGCAGCGGGAGGAGGAGCAGCGGGCGGAGGAGCAGCGGGAGGAGGAGCAGCGGGCGGAGGAGCAGUGGUUGGCGGUGGCGAAGGCUCUAGUCUGGGCAGCGUCAGUGAGAAACAGUACACCAUCUACAUCAUGACCAGAGGAGGACAGUUCUCUACGCUGAACGGAUCUCUGACUCUGGAGUUGGUCAAC